AUGGAGGCAGGGGGUCCUCCCCGGGAGAACCGCCCCCCGGUCCCGGGCCUGCCCGUCUUCCCUCCCCUUCCCAUCACCCUGCAUGCCAGCCACCGGGCCCAGCCUCCCGGGCCCCCAGCCCCCAGGGGGAAGAAAUUCUCGGGAGACAUCGUGCUGAGCAAGAUCAUCGACCACUAUAAGCAGGGGCGGGGUCACCUGGCCCGCGAGGAGUGGGAGAGCGCCGUGCUGAGUUUCUCCAAAGCGAUCAACUUCAAGCCCCUGCCGCGGGCCGAAGCUUACAUCCAACUGUGCGACUUCGGCUCGGCCACCCAGAACCUGCGCAAGGCCUGGGCCCUGGGCUCUCGCCAGCCGGAGAAUCGGCUGCGGCUCGCCUUCGUCUUCUACCUGCAGGGCCAGUGUCUCUAUGAGCAGGAGUCCUACCUGGAGGCCCUGGAGCUUUUCACCCAGGCCGCGGAGAUAAAGCCUCACAAUCUCCCUUACCUCAUGCGCAGCAUCACCUGCCUGACCCACCUGAACCACCACAAGGACUGUCUCACCCUGGUCAGUAAGGAGCUGCAGGCCAACACCCGCAACCCGGACCUCUACAUUCUCCGCGCCUGCUUCUACAACCGCUUUGCCCAGGUGAAACCGUGUUACCAGGACAUCUACAAGGCCCUAGCCCUAGAGCACCAGCACCCGGAAGCCCACAGCCUGCUGAAGAUACUGGUUGGGCAGGCUCAGAGGGCCCGGGAGGACGCGGUCAGGCUGGCCUUGAAGGGCCGCCUGCGGGAUUCGCUGCUGCGGAUCCACUGGGCCAUCGAGAACAGCCCGAUGGACCCCGGGCACUUUUUGUUCAGAGGCACCUUGUACCGGCGGCUCAAGGACUUCCAGGCGGCCAUCCGUGACUUCCACACGGCCCUGGAUCUGAUCCAGAAGCGGGAAGGCAAGGACUGCGAGGUUCUGGGCCAGACGCGACGGCAGCUGCUCCUCUCCUACAACGACUUCGCCGUCCACUGCUACAGCAAGGGCUUCUACCAGGAGGCCAUCCUGCUUCUGAACAAGGCCCUCAAGGGAGAGACGACUGAGAAGGGGCUCUACCUCAACCGGGGAGAUUGUUUCUUCCAGCUUGGGGAGCUGAAUUUUGCCCUCGCUGACUACCAGCGGGCUCUGGAGCUGAGCCCGGCGGACCAGGGCGCCCAUGUCCGCAUGGGGAUGUUGCAGAACAGAAUGGGCCUCCAGGAACAUCAGAUGAGGCAGUACGGCAAGGCCGAGGUCCACUUCUCCUCAGCCAUCGAACACAGCCCCGAGCGGGCCGGCUACUAUCUCCACCGAGCCAAGACCCGCCUGAUGCUGCGGGACAUCGCCGGGGCCCGCCAGGACAUGGCCAUCGUCAUGCUGCUCGACCCCAACCUCCCGCAGGUGUUGCCUCUCAUGACAAACCUCUUCCCGGGCCAGUCCGUGGAGCAGGUGCUGAGUAGCAAGGCGGCAGAUUUGGCCCAAGUCAUCCUGGAACGCGUCACUCAGCGCCGCGUGUAUCCCGGGCUCACCACCAGCAUGCUCAGGAAGCCGUGGCCCCAGGAAACGGAGUUCUGGCUUGCCAAACAGCUGAGAGCAGCAGAGCAGCUGAGAGCAGCGAGGCAGCUGAGAGGAGCGGGGCAGCGCCCAGGCAAGGGGGCACAGGCGGCAAAGCGGCCGGGCCGGAGCAGGAGGAAUAACCUGGAUCCCCCCGUCUUGCCCCGAGGGAGCCAACCCUUGUCUGCGACGGAGUUGGCCAGAGGGCAGAGGCAUCAGACGUGGACUCCUGGGCCGCAGCGACACGGACCCCAGUGGGGAACGGUCCGCCUCAGGGAGACGGGCCUCCAGCCCCCAUCAGCUCACACCCAUUACCCGCAGAAAGCGCAAAAGGCUUCGGACAGGAAGGGGCUGCACGUUCGACUGGUGUCCCCUGCGGGAGCAGACACGGAGGAGGCACCCACCGACUCCACUCCCUCAGAGAAAGAGGGCUCUCCGCGUGUCCAGAGGCAUGGUGGACGCCCUCCCGAAUGCCCGAUUCCCACAGAGCCGUCUCGGAAUCCCACCUCACCCCACCCGCAGGUAGGAGCCCACCGGGGUUCAGGCUCAGGGCCUCUUUUUAUUUUUUGGCAAAGAUAAAAUGAUUUGAGAACUGGCA